GGAAAGAGGGGAGAGAGAGACAGAGCGCAGUGGUGAGAGGGACGAGAGAGCCGUUUUUUCGGUUAAGUAUUAAUUUAUAUGAGAAGAGAGGAGCCUCUAAUGGUGUCGGACCAGGAGAUAGCGAAAGGGGUUGAGACGGUGCUCCGACAGUCAGACCCUAAUGUGGUGACGUCUGUAAACGGCGUCGUUCAGCAGCUGGAAGCGAAGCUAGGGUUAGACCUCUCCGACAAGGCGGGCUUCAUUAGGGACCAGAUCAACCUGCUCCUCCGAGCCCAUCCAACGACACCACAACAAGGACCACCACCACCACCACCACCACCACUACCGCAACCACAACCCCACCACCUCCCUCAGAAGGACCAUUUUGCCCUCCAACACCACCAGCAAUUCCUUCAACUCCCUCAACAUUCACAACAUUUCCCUUCCCAUUUUUUCCUUCACCCUCACUCUCAGCACCCUGGCUUUCCUCAGGACCUCAACUUCCAGCAGCACCCGGUGCCUUCCCCGCCCCAACCCCAACUGCAACCACAACCACUGGUCAGAAAAGCUGAGGUCUUUCCUCAAAAUGUGGCAGCUACCGCUCUUGCCACCGAAGUACCUAAAGAAAGUGCUCAAGCUGGAGCCAAAAGAAGGGGUGGUCCAGGGGGUCUAAACAAAGUAUGUGGUGUUUCACCUGAACUUCAGGCUGUUGUUGGCCAGCCAGCCCUACCAAGGACAGAGAUUGUGAAGCAGUUAUGGGCAUAUAUAAGAAAACACAACCUCCAGGAUCCAAGUAACAAGAGAAAGAUAAUUUGUGAUGAUGCUUUGCGUUUGUUGUUUGAGACAGACUGUACUGACAUGUUCAAGAUGAACAAGCUGCUGGCUAAACAUAUUAUCACACUUGAACCUUCAAAGUUGUCUGGACAAGCUAAACGAUCAAAGGUAGAUGUUGAGUCGGCAGCUGAAAGUACAGAAUCUUCUGCAUCGCCUGUUAUAAUAUCCGAAGCACUUGCCAAGUUUCUGGGCACUGAAGGAAGGGAGAUGCCUCAGCCAGAGGCAUCAAGACUUGUCUGGGAGUACAUAAAGGUUAACCGUUUGGAGGAUCCAUUGAACUCGAUGGUGAUACUGUGUGAUGAGAAACUUUGGGAGCUUCUUGGAUGUGAAAGCAUUUCUGCUGUGGGCAUUAAUGAAAUGUUGGCACGCCAUCACUUAUUCAAGCGAUCAUAACUGGUACUUGGGGGUCAGGGCUGACGGUAGAAAGAUACCGAAGAACCUCUUUGUCCAUCUUUUGUUUUAGGUUCAUUGUUCUUUGUGAAUUGACUCGGCUGGAUGGUGUGCUGAUUUACAUGCUUGGUGAUUGUAAUCAGAAUGAAUAUGUACCCGAUUACAAUGAAUAUGCACCAUGGGUCUGUGGCAAGGAUUAUAUUGUAGUUAGCCAUUACCCUGGAUUUAGGUUUUCUCUAACUUUCGUUGUGACUUAGCUGUCCAGUGUCUAACCUGAUAGCGGGCUGAAGGAAACUCAAUGGAAAUGUAAAACUUAUCUUAUGUAAGAGUAGUAUGCAACUUUGUCCAUGCCUUUGCUGUUGGUUUAACAGGGAGUUGCCUUCACUUUUUC